AUGCCCCAGCCUGACUACUCGCGAUGGCAGGAGCAAGAGGUCCACUACCUCAUUGCCGAGCAGCUGGCAUAUGAUCCCGAAGAGCAGCAGCGGCUUGCUGAUAUCAACCUGGCCCUUCUCAAUCUCGAGCAACGGGAGGCGUUCGAUCGCAUCUGCUCUGCUAUUGGUCAGGGUACUCCUGGCGUCUUCUUCCUCACAGGCCCUGCAGGGACCAGCAAGACCUUUGUCUACAACACGCUUUGCUACGCCCUCCGCGCAACUCGCAAAAUCGUACUCUGUGUUGCCUCAUCCGGUAUAGCUGCCAUCUUGCUCAUAGGUGGGCGUACCUCGCACUCGACGUUCAAGAUCCCCAUCAACAUCGCUGAAGGGCAGAUGUGCAACGUUCGGUCAAACACGGUGCGCGGUGACCUCUUCCGCCGUGCUGACCUCAUCAUC